UACGGUGAAGAGGGUGCCGCGUUCGGGGUUGCAAGCAAGUGACCGGUGGGUUGGACUGGAUUGAUGGCACGCGCGAGAACCGAUGAACUUUACCACGCCAUGCCGUGGUGGCGUGGUGGCAGGAGCAGAGCUAGCUAGGUAGCCCGUCCCGUCUUCUCGCCGAGCUUUCUUCUCUCCCAAUCGUCGGCCAGAGGCAGGAGGGAGCCAAGUGUCCUUCGGCAGAGGCUUCAUUUCACCCCUUCUCGUCUUCUCCGCUAAGAUCCUCUGCUCUCACAGAAUCCCGGGGCUCUCGAUUCUUUUUCCGCCGCUUGAUCUAGCCAAGGUUUCCGUUCGCCGGGAUCUCAGCCGGCCCAAGAUGGGCUGCCAAAGAUGCAAGCGGAGGGAUGAGCUCGACUACUGCAAUCUGGAUGACCGGGAGAAGCAUUUCCUGAUGUUUAUGGUGGAUGGCUGUGGUCGUGAGAUGACCAUCCCAGAUGAUUUUCUGAAACGAUUCAGGGGUGAGAUCCCAAAAGAGAUCAAGCUAGAAACACGAAAUGGUCAUAUUUACACUGUUGGAGUUGCCAAGUAUCCAGAUAAACUAGUCCUUAGAGCAGGAUGGGAGACCUUCGUCGAAACCUAUGAUCUACGGAUCGACGACUCUGUGGUAUUUCGAUACAAUGGAAAUUCGCAGUUCAAUGUCAUAGUGUUUGAUCAAUUUGGCCGUGAGAAAGCAUCGUCCGUUGUUGUAGACAGUGCUCCUCUGUAUCCUUAUGUGCAGGAAAGGCAAAGAGGUGCUCCUGAAACUCAUGGUCAUUCUCAGCCCCAUGAAAUGCAAUCUCCUACUGAAAAUAUGAAUAUUUCUCAAGGGCAUCCUCAGCUCAUGCGUGUGCAGCCGCAUACUGAUAACAUGAGCCGUUCUCAAGGGCAUGCUCAUCAUGUGCAAAUGCAACUGCCUAUUGACAAUAUGAGACGUUCUGAAGGGCAUCCUCAGCCCAUACAAAUGCAACCGCCUAGUGCAAAUGUGGACCAAUUUGUUGAUGAUAGUCAGCACAUGCAAAUGCAGCCACCUAGUGCAAAUGUGGACCAUUUUGUUGAUCAUAGUCAGCACAUGCAAAUGCAGCCACCUACUGAGACUCUGAAUCGUUCUAAUUGCCAUCCUCAGUCCCGGCAAAUGCAGCUGACAUGUGCUGAGAGACAGUCAAAUCUUCAGAGGAAUAAAUUAAAUCAGGGCAACAAGAGCGUGGCGAGUUCUUCAGGUGGUUCUUUGUGCUCAGAAGAUGGUACUAAUUUAUGUGAUACAUCUAGAUACACGCUUGGGUGGAACACCCGUCUAGAUCCAGUGCAGAAGGAGAAAGUUGACCAGGAGAUCCAACAUAUCUCAUCUGACAAUCCAAUCUUUGUGGCCAUGAUGAGCAAGUGCAAUGUUACAGGAACUUUCACCCUAAGUGUGCCCAAAGAAUAUGUCAAGCGACAUGUGGGAGAUACGGAGCGCAACAUAUGUCUUCAGCGCCUUGGCAAGGGGUGGGAAGUGCAAUUUGGUGGUAGGCCUGAAGAGAAAAGGAUUAUAUCUGGCUGGCGGAGGUUUGUAAAGGACAAUGAUGUUGAGAUGGGUGAUAUCUGCAUUUUUGAAUUGUUGAAGAAAUGUAAGAUGUGCACGAUGGAAGUCCAUAUCAUCCAUACAAAGGAUAUUGAUACGCCUUCCAAAAUUUGUCAGCAAAGGCACAGAGAGGUUGUUAAAAUUAUGGAACAUUCUCAUUCUCUCCCCCAGCUUAAGGAAAUGCAACUGCAUAAUGAAACAGUGGAAGAUACUAUCGUUCAUCCCGAGCCUGUGCAAAUACAACUACCUUCGUUGGAAAGACGGAUACAACUUCAAAGGGACAAGUCUAGUCAGGGCAGCAAGAGAGAUUCCUUGUCAUCGGAAGAUAUUGAUCAUGAAGAAGGUGCUUUGUCUGAUUGCAUCCUUGCACGUUUUACGCGCCUUACUACAGAUCAGAAGAAGGCAGUGAAAGAGAAGGUUCAAUUUAUUGAUUCUGAAACUCCCAUCUUUGUUGCCAUGAUGCAACAAACCAAUGUUACUGGAAGAUACACUCUAAGCAUCUCUAAGAAAUAUAUCAACAAGUAUUUGGGAGAUGAGGUGCAGAGCAUCUGUCUUGAGCGACUUGGCGAGAGGUGUCAAGUGUGGUUUGGACGCAAGCCUCAGGAUAAAAGGAUUGUAGGCGGAUGGACAAAGUUUGUGAAAGCCAAUGAGGUGGAGGUGGGUGAUAUCUGCCUCUUCGAGCUGCUGAAGCAUCGGAAAUUGUGCGCCAUGAAAGUUCAUAUCAUCCGCGCGAAGGACUUCAGUUGAUCAAAAUGCCAUUGUCUGAUUUAUCUUGAGGUGGUGUGUAGUCCCUUUUGUGCUGUUAGGAUGUAGUACUACCUCCCGUAACAAAAUACUUGUCGUGAUUUUAGUUCAAAUUUGAAGUAACACCACAACAAGUAUUUUGGAACGGAUGGAGUAGUAGGUUACUCUGUUUAUGCCUAUCUGUCCUUGUUAUUUUGCUACCAUGGACACAUGUUGGGGAACAUGUGAGUACUAUAUUUUAUUAUAUAUCUUCCUUCGAAACAAAUGUUUUA